AUGAGUAAUCCAGAAGCCCAACAACCUCCUGCUGAGGACGAAAAUAAUCCUUUCUUGGCCUCUACUUCUCGAGUUCCCCCUAUGUUCAGCAAUGAACGGUUUAGGGACGACGAUAGCGGCGAGGCCGAAAGAUCAUUUCGCGGUACUAAGAGAUCGCGGCGUGACUCCAUUGGAAACUUUUCUGUUGUAACUUCUGCUUUGACGACUCCCUUGUCUAUAGCCCAGAACCCUCUCUUUACAACGCCAGGCACAAACCUGACUACUAGGUCCAAUAUCACCACCACACAUUCCUUUGAUGUAAACUCAAAAAUUGAAAAAUUACUCGGUGAGCGCGAUGAAGCGAACAGAAAAGCGCAAGCACUGGAAAGACAGCUUUCAAAUAAAGAGUUUCAGAAUAAUUUAGAUAAGAGAAAGUGGGAGAGGCUACAAGAUAAUCUAAAGAUCCAAAUACAAGAAGUUGAACUCGAAAAAGAAUCUCUUCAACAAGAAAAUGAAUCCCUCCGCGAGCAAAAACGACUGGUACUAGAGGGCGAGAAGAGAACCGAAGAGGCUAGAUCACAGAUACAGGAACAACUGAUACGAAUGAAGAGUGAACUAGCUGAAGAAAGUCAAAAGGUGUUGCAAAAAUCCACUGAGCUUCAAUAUGCAGAGCAGAAUACCAGGGAGGCAAAUCGAAAGAUUCAUGAAUUGGAAAGAAAGGUUUCAGAGCUUGAGGAACAGCUGAAUCAUACAACAUUUAAGCUCCAAGCCCAGGAAAAAUUGGCAAAUUUCCGACAAGAACAAAUCAUCGAAAAAGAGAAAAUGCUUGAUCGUUACAAUCUCGCAGCGUCACAAGUGGAAGGCAUCGAAGCAUUAAAGAAAAAAUAUGAAGAUCAGUUAACAUAUGCGGCUUCUCUAAAAGAACAGUUAAGAAAGGAAAGAGAGUGCAGUCCAUUAGUUGUGGGAUUGUGUUUGGAAAAAGAGUCUUUGCGUCGACAAGUUGAGGAGCUAAAUCGGCGCUUUGAAUUAAUGUCCAAUCUGCAAAUCGAAAAAGCCAAAUUAGAACAAGAUACCGCUCUCUGGACUACUGUGCUUGAGAAGGAUAAACUCGGCUCGCCUUAUAAAGUUUCACAAAAUAUAAAGAAUUAUAAGAUCGAGAUUCAGACGUUGGAAGCAAGAACGCGUCUAUAUGAAGAAUUUCUUGAAAAAAGAAAUGCGGUGAUUGAGUCGUAUGAAGUGAAGAUUCGUAAAUUGACGAAUGAAAAUCAUCAAUUAUAUCAAUUGUUCGAAAAAGCCAAAGGUAAAUUAUCUGCCGAAGCAAAAAAGGUUUGGGAGACUCUGAGAACGAGUCAUCCAGAUGUAACAACAGAGGAAAAUCCCAAUAAGUGGAAAGACGAAAUGUUCCCAUUGUUUCAACAAAUGAUAGGAAAUUAUCGGCGAACUGUAGAAACUGCUAUUCAGGGCAUCAAAUCGACAAAUGAUAACCCAUCAACUACGGAACAAGAGCAAGAGGUUAAUCAAACUCAGGCGUAUUCUACUGAACUCAAACGAGAAUAUAAUACGUUGCAACAAGCCUUUGAAGGAUUACAAAAGGAAAACGCGUCAUUGAAAAUAGAUAUUGCUACGCUUCAGAAACAAUUGACAAUAUACGAAGAAACCUUGGAAAAUGAGAAAGAAACCGCUUUAAUCAAUACAAAACUGCUAAAAGAUGCACAAAAAACUGUCAAGGAAUUGCAGAUGGAAAAUGAAAAAUUGAAGGCAGCUUUAGCCUCUUUGGAGAAAGAGGUGGGUAAUUUCGAAAUGUUGGUGCGAAGACGAGAAUUUGAUGAGCAAAUGACUAGGGUCUUGCAACUUGAGGAUAAUCCAGAAUCUCAAUUAUUUGCAGAAAGACAAUCAACCUUGGACAAUCUACGUGAGGAAAACAAGCAACUUCUUCAACAACUAAAACGAUUAAAGAAAAAAUUAUCAAAGUCUGCCAAUAAUCAAAAUGAUGGAGACGACGCCAUAAAUGAGACAGUGACAGAAGAUGAUGAUGAAUUGAGUGAAGGCAAUGAUAAUGAUGAAAGUUUUAUACCAGCACAGAGCUUCAAAAACUUGGAAGAAGAAAAUAAAAAGUUACAAGAGCAAAUCGGCGCAAAGGAUAUUAAAUUCGCUAGAUUUAAAGAGACUUGGAGCGUAAAAAUUAAAGAAUACAAAGAAUCCGUCUAUCGACUUCUCGGCUACCAAUUUGACUUUUUGGAGAAUGAACGUGUUCGAUUGACGUCCUUGUAUCGCCAAGACCAAUCACUCCUGUUUAAUAAGCUAGACAUGCGACUUAUUGGUGCUGAUCAAACUAACUUCUCCAAUUUGUAUCAGUUUUGGGUCACGGAAAGAAAUUCGAUUCCUGGUUUUUUGAGUAGUUUGACAUUGGAGCUGUAUGAAGAAACUACACGUGGACGUAAUGCUGGAUGGAUCGAACCGAGCGUUGUUAAUAAUUCAUAA